UUCUUUGGAUUUCAUUGACAGCAACAACCUAUUUUACUUGUAAAUUACUCACUUCUUUACUUGAUCUACAUUGUUACAUGUACUUGCUUACGUCGUCUUUGCAUUCUCACAACUGUUGAUGGUAGUGGUUCACCCGAACACGAAGCAGCUUUCCGUGUCUUGCUUACUUUUUCACCGGGCCUCCAGCGUCUUACCACUUCAAUUUGAAUUUUAGCCUUGUGUUAUGGACGAUUCUGGGCAGCAUAUUGUUCCGAAGGAGAUAACAAUCUCCGAAGUGGAAGCUGCGAUAGAGCGGACGGAGGUGUGCUCUGGCUGUUCUGCUGCUCUUCGCCUGCCCUACAUUCUCUGCCAGGAGUGCAGCGAGAACAUUCGUCUCUGCACAUCGUGUUUCUCUCGCGGCGUGGAAGUGAAGGCACAUCAGAGUGACCAUGCGUAUCAGCUGGUGCAUUUGAAUUUUGCCAUAUUGGAGGACAACUGGACAGCGGAAGAGGAGCUAAAACUGAUCAAGGCUUUAUCGAACUCUGGAUUUGGAAAUUGGCCAGAAAUAGCGCAACAUGUGCAAUCCAAAGAUGCGAAAGAAUGUGAGCAACACUACCUGCAGACCUACGUGAACAGUCCGUUACCGCAGAUGCCAAGAAUAGAACCGCCAGCUACUGUAGGGCUAGCUUCAUCAUCUGGUUUCACGAAUGGAUAUCUGCGGCCGAACCUCAGUGAUCUGGACGUACCCGAAUUCAUGGCCUGCCGUGGCGACUUUGCAACGGAGCAUCUCAACGAUGCUGAGUCGGUCGUGUCUGACGUGGAGUUUGAUCCGAGCGACUGCGACCUCAGCAUUGCACUGAAGCUGGCUGCCAUUGAUAUUUACCAGAACGUCCUGGAGCAGCGAGAGGCUAGAAAGCGGUCUAUACGCGAUCAUGGCCUGAUUAAUCUUCAAUGCCAUCAGAAUCAUGAACGGGAGCUAUGUCGGCAUAUUGGCAAUUCGGUGAACGUCCUGCGGCCGUGCAUGCGCAUGCAGAGUGCUGGCGAUCACGAGCAGCUUCUACAGAGCCUGUGCUACGAGCAAUUCCUGCGUACGGAGAUCCGACGGCUGCAGGACUAUCGAACGCUGGGCAUUCGGUCACGGCGAGGUGCUCAGAUCUACGAAACACUAAAGCAACGGCAAUUCGAUGACUCCACCGGUCUGCAGUCGAAUGAAGAUGUGUCCAGAGCUAUGGAGAUGCUGUCGGCGUGUCCACGCGAUCUUGAUGCGCCACUGGGUGUUGGCGGCGGUGGUGGUGGUGGCAAGAGGUUAGACCAAGCUGAGCACGCCGCCAGCCUGGAGAGACUGAGCCCCUCCGAGCGUGAGUUGUGUUCAUCGCUGCGAUUACGUCCGCAUGUGUACGAGUCCUACCGCGCGGCCGUCUCGCAAGAAAUGGAUAAACACGGCCGCCUACGGCUGGCAGAUGCACGGAGGCUCCUGCCGAUCGACGUGAACAAGACGCGGAAGCUGUACGACUUCUUCGUCGAGUCAUCCAUUAUCAUCCCGGCGUAGCGGCGCCGGACGAUGUACGCGUGCACGAAUUACCGACAGCUGCCUCCCUCCUGUUGUUUAGCUCGGCAGGUAUGUUGGUAUCUUGAAUGCUGGUCGGCUGUUAAGAGUGUCCUGGAGUUGGCUGUUGCUGGUGUGUCGUAUACCUGACGUUUAAUUUUUAUUUCCCACACUGUUAGCAAUGUGCAGGUAAUGCUCAUGCUCAUAGAUUUGGUAACACAGUCCAGGUCGAUAUUGACGUUGACUGAACCCUGUCAUUUGCAUGGCGUGAAAUCCAUUGAAGCGAUUUUUUAAAUAGUCCAGAGCUGUCGAGCUGCGCUGAUCAUCCAUGUGACAUCUCUCUUCCAUUGUUCUCUGUUAUCCUGACCAAACAUAGCAGUUAGAAGUGUUAUUGUGUUGUCACUGUUAGUAAUAGCAUCUGCCCGUGAUGCUGCCCUCUUGCUUCUUUUGCUGGGCACGCUCUCGCAUCAUUUUUUUUAAUCUCGAUUGUCAUGCUGGCGUGGUCAAUCUGUAAUUGUUUAUCAGUACAAUGUACAUGUACAUGUAGUAUGAUAUGCCCGGUGUAGUGCCCGUGGUAAACAGUUCGUAAAUGUUGCACAGUAACGUUAUGUGUGCAGUUACUGUAAUUUCAGAAAUUUUCGGUGCUCAAUAUUUUCGGUAUGAGGGCAAAAGGCCAGGUUAGGUGAACAGAAAUUUUCGGUACAGAGAAGCAGUUCCCUAUUGUUUUAUGUGUGUUAGUGUUUGUUCGGUGUAUUGAAAUUUUAGGUAUGAAACAGACGCACCGAAAGUACCGAAAAUAAAAGUACACCGAACAUUUGUGAAAUUACAGUACUCGCCAAUUAACCAUGCCCUGUGCUUGCACUGUUUUAUGCAGGCAAUGAGUGAGGUCAAUGAAAGAGCAUAGUCUUGUCUAAUACACCCACUGUUUAUUUGUGGCAUGCCCAGCUCCACCGGUGUGAAGAGUAGGUGGGCAUGCGGAAACGAACAUAAAACCUUGA